AUGAAGCAAUUUGCAGUCCUCAUCGCAGUCCUCGCUACUGGUGCGCUAGCGGACCUCCAUUACACAGGUCUCUGCUAUGACUCCCCUGGUAAGGACGUGACAAAACUUGACAGAAAGUCUUCAACAAGGCAGCAACAGAAAAAGCCUGCGCAUCCUACAAGAACCGCAACACAGGCAGCAAACAAUGGGACCAAUGCCCGGAUUGCACAGUGCUGA